AUGCCAAAAUUUUUGAGGUACUAAAUUCGCUCUACCCAUUAAAAAAAAAUUGCACAUACCAAAAAUUCCAUUUAUUAUUUGAUUUCCUUAAAAAUUGCAGUAACAAUUAGAAAACAAUAAAUUAAGCUUAUUAUUAAGGAGAUAGCAAUUCUACAAAGUUAACAACUCAAUAAAUUAUUAGGAAAAAGCAAAUUUGUAUUAACCUUUUUGAAAUCUCUUCAUAUAUUUGUGUAGUAAAUUCAAUAUAUAUUAAUGAUAUCAUAAUAGUUAAAAAAUUAAUUAAUUAUUUUUUUAGAGUAAGCUGAACUUAAGAUUAAGAUGACAGAUAUUUUAAAGAACAAAGUGCAAAAUGAAUCUAGUAAUUCCGAUUAAAAUGCAAAUAGUGUUUCUUGUUUGUCUGAUUUUGAAAUACUGAAGAAAUUAGGAUAAGGAGCGCAUGGAGUUGUUUAUAAAGUUAGGAGAAAAAAAGAUCAAAAUACCUAUGUGUUAAAAUAAAUAUUAGCAGGCGGAAUGUAGCAAAAGUAAAGAAAAGAAUGCAUUAAUGAAGCAAUUCUACUCAACAAAUUAAACAGCCCUUAUAUUGUUAGAUAUUAUGAUAGCUUUUUAGAAAACAAUUAGCUCUGUAUCGUGAUGGAAUACUGUGAAUAAGGUGAUCUUGAGAAUUUUAUCAAAAACUAAAUGGGUAGACCUUUAGUAGAAAAAAAAAUUUGGAAAUUCUUUUUCUAAAUUGCAGAAGGUCUCCUUGAAUUGCACACGAGAAAUAUAUUGCAUAGAGAUAUUAAGACUAUGAAUCUAUUUUUAACAGGUAACGAAUAAAUAAGGAUCGGAGAUUUGGGAGUUGCUAAAUAAUUAGAAAAUAACAAAUCACAUGCCCAUUCUCAAGUGGGAACACCUUAUUACAUGUCUCCUGAAAUUAUUUAAGACAUUCCAUACAAUGAAAAAAGCGAUGUAUGGUCACUAGGAUGUGUAUUAUAUUAACUAGCUACCUUUAAAAGACCUUUUGAAGCAACAAAUUAAGGCUCUCUAGUGCUAAAAAUUUAAAAAGCUUAAUAUAUACCUAUUUCAUCUAAUUACUCUCCAUAAUUACAUAGACUUAUAGAGCUAUGUCUGACAAAAGAACACUAAAAAAGGUAUUCAAUAAAAUAGCUACUCACAGAUCCUGAAAUAGAAAUGAAAGCGAAGCAAAUAGGCCAUUCUUUGAAGGCGGUUUAGCAGCUUAUAGCUCAAAAUUACUAAGAUGAAACUAAAAUUGAAUAGGAGUCUCCAGCAAAGAUCAUUAAAAGCAAGGAUUUUAUUUUAUUUUAAACUAAAAAAAAUGAUAAUUCUCUCAGCCAAGACAGUACUCCAAAAAGUUAAAUAGCUAAAGAUUAAUAAAAUGGCUCUCCAUUAGAAAGAUCUAAAUUUAGAAAUUUUAAGCUUCAAAUUAUAGCCAAUUAAAGUAGUGGGAAUAAUUCUGAAAAAGAAACACCUUUGCAAAGUUAAAGUGAUCUACAUUUUAUUAAUUAAGAAAAAAGCGCAUCAAAAGUCGAACUUCAAAAAUUAAUUAAAUCUCCUUAAGUUGUAUCAAGAACUAAAAAAUUAAUUGAAUAUGGAAUUAAUAAAUCAAUAAACUCAACUCCAAGUGAAAGAUUAAUUUAAGAAUAAAGGGAAAGUUUAGGUAAUAACGUUUUUAAAUAAAGUAUUGAAAACUUUAGAUCCUAUUCUCCUUAAAUAAAAUUUGAUUAACUUAAAUGUGACUCUCCUAUCCCAUUUAAUUAACCAAACCAUAUGCGAUCAACAAAAUCUUAAUUAGGAUUUUAGUAGAUUGGGGUAGGUAAUUCAGCUAAUUUAAAUUCUAUGGCAAAGCAACCAAUUAGGAUUCGUAAAGAAACUGACUUAAAUUUUUCCAAGGUUGUAUAACAAUAGUAAUUGCUAAAUUAGCAACAUUUAUAAAAAAGCAUAUCUUGUUAAAACACCUUUAAGACAGUUGACUAUGAGGAUAGAGCAAGUGAAUAAAAAGCCUUUCCUUAAAUUAAAUAAUAGUAAGCUUUAAAGAAAAUGAGUAUAUAAUCAAAAUAGGAAUAAAUGAGAAGAUAUGACUCUUGUGAUAAAAAUAUAAAUUAAGAUAGAUUAGUAAAUAAAUAUAAUAUCAAUGAUUAAAAUACAUUUAGUAGUAAUAAUUUUAAUAAAAUGUUAUCUACACAAUUUAAUUUAACAUAGAAUAGCACUAAUAAUAUUACCAAUUAAGUAGUAAGUUAAAAGCUUUCUUCUUUGCAAGUAUAUCCAAAGUAAUCUAAGACAAAUGCGGCAUUGACUUCUAUGAAUAGACUUGUGUCAGAUAUGAGCUAGCAUGCUAAAAGUUAUAACACCAAAAAGAGCAUGACUCAUCUAUCUUAAACAGAUUUAGAUAAGGCGUUUAAUUAAAUGUAAGAUGAGGAAGAGACAGAAAUAGAAGUGCCGAAAAAUACAGAUAAUCCUUAACUAUCUAAGUAUUAUAAAUAAAAAUUUGAAUUAUCUGUGCAAAGUUAAUAGUUGCAAAAAGUAUGCACGAAUAUUCUAGGCUAAGAGCUCUACUAAAAAGUAUUAGGAAAAUUCAAACACCAUAUUAAUAGAGAAGUUGAUAUUUCUAAGCAAGAUCAAGACAAAAUUAACCUAAUAAUUGAUACAGACCUAAAAUAUAAAUAAGAAUGUGUUAAUAAAUUAUAUUAGAUUAUUUCAAUAGAAAAUUAAAUUUAAGAUUUGAACCAAAAAAUUAAUUAGAUUGAAAUCAAUAGUUGA